UAGCACAGAUAUUCCAUGAAUAGACACAUUUUAAGCUCAGUAGUACUACAGUUCACAUCUUUGCUCCCCCAUCUCAAUACGACUGUUGAAGGAGGAGCUCCAUACUACUCAGACUGCAUUUUGAGAAGGAACUGAACCACAAAAACAUGUUUUGAACCUUUCAGAUGAUAGAAUGACAGAUACGGCUUUGUAAAGCCAACACAAUGCGGAAAAGGAAGGAACGGAUUCAAAAAGAGGGAAUCUGUGACAUGAAGAUGUGGUUUUCUCCAAUAAAUACAACAGAUGCAUGUCUCCUGGCAACACCAACUGACGAAAGAUGGCACCUCUGCCUCAGACUCUGGGUGGAAGCAUAAAGAUUAAGGGAGAGCGAAGACGCCCAAGUGGGCUGCACGGUUAAAAUGCUGCUAUGUAGUGUUGAUGUGGGCAAAUGCACGUUUUACUCAUCACUUCGAACCCUUGCAUGGGCUGAAGACUGCAAGACACUGCCCUGUUUUUAGCCUUCACAUGAUAUAAGCUAGCAAAUAAGGCCAGUCUCUAAACCGCAGAAAAAUGUGCAGAGAUUUACACCUAUCUUUGCAACUUUCAAAUAAAAUCGCAGCGGCUCUUCGUCUUUUUCGACACGUUUUUCUACUGGCAGAUAAAAGAUUAAGAAUAAUUUUGAACGUAUACUUUUGGAUUACAAGAGUAGGUCAACUGAAGUAUUUGGAAGACAAUAAUAGAAAAAAAUAAAACCAUGCUUAAAGCUGUCAUUUAUUUGAACAAACAUGUAAUUCGUUUCUUUUUGUGAGAGCAAAUUAGAAGCACAAAAAUGGAAGAAGAUAAUAUGGGCAGUUGGGACUCGAUAACUGGAAAUGGAAGUGAAUUUUUCACCCCAGCAAACAGGAUUAUGGAUUUCCAAAAUACUUCCAAUUCGGUGCUUUACUGGGACAACAAAACUACGAAAGAGAUUUUACCUUUGGAAAGACAAAGAUACAGCCAAGAGCAAACUUACAGGGACUUUACUACGUCUAUGCAGGUUGUCAUCUUCUUAGGAUCUCUGUUAGGUAAUGCCAUGGUGUUGUGGUCAACUUGUCGAACGACAGUGUUCAAAUCUGUGACCAACCGCUUCAUUAAGAACCUGGCCUGUUCUGGGAUUUGUGCCAAUUUGGUGUGUGUGCCUUUUGAUAUUGUCCUGAGCGCCAGCCCUCGCUGCUGCUGGUGGGUCUACACUCUGCUGUUUUGUAAAGUUAUCAAGUUCCUCCACAAGGUCUUCUGUUCGGUGACCAUUCUCAGCUUCACUGCCAUUGCCCUCGACAGGUAUUAUUCAGUUCUGUAUCCACUGGAAAGGAAGAUUUCUGAUGCCAAGUCCAGGGACCUCGUCAUCUAUAUUUGGGUUCAUGCACUGGUAGCCAGUGCUCCAGUGUUUGCGGUGACCAAUGUCACGGACAUUUAUGCCAUGUCCAUGUGCACAGAUUCCUUGAGCUACUCCCUGGGUCACCUGGUCUACGUCAUUGUUUACAACGUUACCACGGUCAUCCUGCCUGUCGCUGUGGUCUUCUUCUUCAUGCUUCUCAUUCGCCGCGCCUUGAGCGCCAGCCAGAAAAAGAAGGUGAUCAUCGCUGCGCUGCGGACUCCUCAGAACACCAUCUCUAUCCCCUACGUCUCCCAGCGCGAGGCCGAGCUGCACUCCAUGCUGCUGUCCAUGGUGCUGACUUUCAUCGUGUGCAGCAUCCCUUACAUGAUGCUCAUCGUGUACAGGACCAUUCUCAACAUCUCAGAGAUAUCCGUGUUUCUGCUGCUCACUGCCAUUUGGCUGCCGAAGGUCUCGCUGCUGACGAACCCUCUGCUGUUUUUGACCAUCAACAAGUCUGUGCGCAAAUGCCUUGUGGGUACCAUCGCGCAGCUUCACCGGCGCUACAGCCGGAGGAAUAUUGUCAACUCAGGGGGUAUAGCAGAUGCCACCGCAGAGCCCAACGUACGGUCUGGAAGCCAGCUUCUGGAGAUGUUUAACAUUGGGCAGCAGCAGAUUUUCAAGCCAACGGAGGAGGAUGAGGAAAACGAGACAAAGUCAAUUGGCUCGGGAGACUUCCGGCCGAAGGCGAUCCCAAGUACAAGCCUGGAGAUCAAGCAGGCUGCUGUCCAGAAGUUCUCUCCUCCGCACAGCAGCACAGACUCCGCAGCCCAGGUGGCCCCAGCCACCCCUUCCGACGUGGAGGACGUGAACGACAAGUACGCCACUCACUUUGGCUUCGGGCCCUUUGAGUUGCCUCCUCAAUGGCUGUCAGAGACUCGGAAUAGUAAAAAACGGCUGCUCCCUCCUCUGGGCAACACCCCUGAGGAACUCAUCCAGACUAAGCAGCCGAAACUGAGAACAGAGAGAAAAAUCAGCAGAAACAAUAAAGUCAGUAUUUUUCCAAGGGUGGACUCAUAAUAAGAGAACUGUCAGAUUAUUGUUGAUGCAAGUGUCUAGAGUUUUGUAUCGGAAGAAAAAGAACUACAUUUGGUGUUUCUUUUAUUCCUCCACAGCAAAAGUAUGCACUUGUCCAUACUUAGGGGAACAUUGCUUAACAGUUUCCUAAGCAAAUAUCUUUAUUACUCUCUUUUUGUAUUGAUUUUUACACACUUAAAACACAAUGCUCAUUUACUUUUGUGUUUAGAUAGCUGGUCCAAUGUGUUUUUAUUUUUCAAAAGCCUACCGUUUGUAUUUAACAAAAAUGUUUUGCACCCAAAGUAAAUUGACAUGGUCUCUUAUUCACAGACAGCCGUAUGCUGAACCUAAAUAGAUUAGCGGAGUUUAAGAUGCGCAUCAGGACCACGACUUCAUAAUCAGUAUGUUUGCCCAUUUUGUCUUAUCUCCUGUCCCUAAAAUCAGUGGCUUGCAAAAUAAAACAGAAACAGGCUAAAAAGCUGGGGCUUAUUGAUUGUACAGUAGGCUUCAGUAAAUGUUCACUUUAACCUAUAUUGCAUCUUCAGUGUUUUUUAAUUAUUUUAUUUUUCUAAUCUAGCAAUUUGAGUUGGAUCAACACAGAACCUUUCAGAAAGAAAAAAACUAGAAUGGGAUAUUAGAAUUACCCAAUGACAGAGAAAUUACUGAAAGAACUCAAAUGAAAUAUGUAGUAUAAUUGGAUUCUGGGAAAAUUAGGGUUCAGUGCAAGGGUUUGUGUGUCUGUGUUCAUGUGUGCCCGGAACUGGCAU